UUUGGCUGGGAAUCCGUGCUUCUUGGUCCAAGGAAUCAGAUGCUGUUAUUGCCUUUGACAAUAUUUCGCUGAGCCUGGGCUGCUACCUGACAAGUAAUGGAGAAACGCCUCUACAAAUCACGUCUUACCUAUCAAGCAAUCUCUUAAUGGAAAGCAGCAGCCAGAAGCGAAACAACUCUAUAGAGAAGCUUCCAGAGGAGGAGGACGAGGAGGACGACGAUCAUGGGCAUAUGCCCCAGCCGUACCCACCAGGCUAUUGGCUGUUCAGUACCUGUGGAGCCAGCGGCCCCUACGGACCAAAUCAAAAAAUGUGCAACGACGAGUAUGGGAAAUUCAAUAUCAGUGUUACCGUUGGAACCGGAGAGAUGAAAGGGGUGCAGAUUUGGAGAGUCCCGGAAACAAAUACAUACAGGAUCGCAGGUUAUGGAGCCGGUGGCGGAAAAGGGGGGAAAACCCCGACGCGAGCCCACGGCACGUGCAUAGUGGGUAUAUUCGAACUCCAAAAAGAUGACGUGCUGUACAUGCUGGUUGGACAACAAGGGGAAGACGCGUGUCCUCAAACCAACUCUGUCCUUGAAAUGGUUUGCACUGGGGAGAAUACUAAGAUCGAAGAAGAAAUCCGGGUUAACGGGAGUGUGAACGAAUGGGCAGGAGGCGGUGGAGGAGGAGGAGGAGCGACCUAUGUAUUUAAGAUGGAGAAUGGAAAACCUUCCCCGCUGCUGAUAGCCGCAGGGGGGGGCGGAAGAGCCUACUGGGCCAAAGCAAAUAUUAUUCACCCGGAGAGACUGGAAAAUAGUACUACUAUACCAGGACUGAAUGGGAGAUCCGGGGCUGCUGGCGGUGGAGGAGGCUGGAGUGACCACACCGUGUACCCGUGGGCUGGGAAGUCACUCGCAGAAGGUGGCAUCGGAGGAGAGUCCUGCCCUCAGGCCAUAAAGAAAUGGGGGUGGGAGACGAGAGGGGGAUUUGGAGGAGGUGGCGGCGGAUGUUCAUCGGGUGGUGGUGGCGGGGGAUUUAUAGGGGGUAACGCCGCUGAUGAGAACAGCCCAGAGAUGGACGGCUUGGAUGGAGUAUCUUAUAUCAGCCCUCUUGGGGUUUUAUAUACUCCUCCGCUCACAGUGAUGGAGAGCCACGGAGAGGUGGAGAUCAAAGUGGAGCUGAACUGCAGCCGCUGCGAGUCGGACGAAUGUUACCUGGAUGAAGAAACCCAAAAAAUGGCUUGCCUCUGCGAACCGGGGACCGUCGUGGCGCAGGACGGGGUCUCCUGCAUCGAUGACCCGUUGCAGCCUGCCCAUGACAAUCACCUCCCUUUGUCACUGGUUUUGUCUAUUGUGACCUCUGCGCUUGUGGCCGCCCUCAUCCUGACAUUUUCAGGUAUCAUGAUAGUGUAUCGGAGGAAACACCAGGAGCUCCAGGCCAUGCAAAUCGAGCUACAGAGUCCGGACUACAAGCUGAGCAAGGUGCGAACGUCCACCAUCAUGACGGACUACAACCCCAACUACUGCUUCGCCGGGAAAAUCACCUCCGUCGGCGACCUCAAAGAGGUUCCCCGGAAGAACAUUUCUCUCAUAAGAGGACUCGGUCAUGGAGCGUUUGGAGAAGUGUACGAAGGCCAAGUGUUGUCCAGUCCCACUGACCCCACGCCGCUGAAGGUUGCCGUGAAGACUUUGCCCGAGGUGUGUUCUGAGCAGGACGAGCUGGACUUUCUUAUGGAAGCUCUCAUUAUUAGCAAAUUCAGCCACCAGAAUAUUGUUCGCUGUAUCGGAGUGAGUCUGCAGGCCUUACCCCGCUUUAUCCUACUGGAGCUCAUGGCCGGAGGGGACCUGAAAUCCUUCCUCAGACAGACGCGACCCAGGCUGACGCAGCCGUCUUCGCUUACGAUGCUCGACUUGCUGAAUGUGGCCCGAGACAUCGCCCAUGGCUGCCAGUAUCUCGAAGAAAACCAUUUCAUUCACAGGGAUAUCGCCGCAAGGAACUGCUUGCUGACGUGUCAGGGUCCUGGGAGGGUCGCCAAGAUAGGCGAUUUCGGUAUGGCCCGGGACAUCUACAGGGCCAGCUAUUACCGAAAGGGAGGCUGUGCCAUGCUGCCCGUGAAAUGGAUGCCCCCCGAGGCCUUCAUGGAGGGGAUUUUCACGUCGAAGACUGAUACAUGGUCUUUUGGGGUCCUGCUGUGGGAGAUCUUCUCCUUGGGGUACAUGCCGUAUCCCAGUAAGAGUAACCAGGAGGUACUGGAGUUUGUAACAAGCGGAGGAAGAAUGGAUCCACCCAAGAACUGCCCCGGGCCUGUGUAUCGUAUAAUGACACAGUGCUGGCAACAUCAACCUGAAGACCGACCCAAUUUUGCUAUCAUACUUGAGCGGAUUGAAUACUGCACGCAGGAUCCGGAUGUGAUCAAUACCUCCUUACCAGUGGAAUACGGACCUGUGAUUGAGGAAGAAGAGAAGGCUCCCACGCGUCCGGAGGACCCUGAUGUUAUUCCACCCCUUAUUGUCAUGCCUGAAAAGCCAGUAAAGGAAGACAGACAAAAGCUCAAGUCUCCCCCUCCUGUGCCACCCAGCAGAGGUGGCAAACUUCCCAAUAAAGUACAUGCAGAGCCACAGAGACAAGUCGAUUCCACCCCAGCGGUGGGUGGCGGGCCCACCAAUAUGUUUGCCCAAGCAAACCCACCUACGGAGCUGCACAAUAGCAGAGGCUCAAAUAAGCCCACCAACCUCUGGAACCCUACUUACGGUUCUUGGUUCACAGGAAAAACUGUUCCAAAAAAUACUUCUCCAUUGGAUCAACCGGUACCCGCCGAGAGAGAGAAUACCGGCAACCCGGGGCAUGUCCACGAGGGACAUUGUAUGGCUCCUCAAAGAGUUACUUCUGGCAGACUUCCUACCAUUCCCGGCUCAUCUGUGCUCCUAGAACCCUCAACACUGACUUCAAAUAUUCAGGAAGUGCCUCUGUUUAGGCUUCGCCACUUCCCAUGUGGCAACGUUAAUUACGGCUACCAGCAGCAGGGCUUGCCUGUUGAGGUGCCGGUUGUCCCAUGCCCGGCAGAACACAAAGACGUGGUUCCUAGGAGCAGGAGCAACGACACCCAAGAAAAACUCUAAUUCUUAUUGUCGCGGUUCAGUCAUUGACAUUACGGGGGGGGAGACUUCUGACCACGUGUCGCCUACCUAAAAGAAGAGAAGCCAACAGAUACAUGUUCUAUGUAUCAGAGUAACACGAAGAAACGGCGGGUAUCCAAGCCUUUUGGACGUCAACUGGAAAGGCUUGAUUGAUGGUCAAGGACGACCUUCUUUGUUAUGUUACAUUGUGACUGUAUGCUUUUAUCUAAAGGUUCUUCUCCAAAGAGAUACAGAUGUAUUGUUUCAGCUCCCGUGUAGAUUAGUGAGGGGAGCCCUAGUGUUUGAGGCCAUAGCAUUCGUGCACACAAACUCCAGCCAUAGAUAGACAACCCUUGAAGGACCUGAGCCGUCUUCUCACACGUUCCCUUU